AUGGCUUCACAUUUCAUAAUUUCUGGUCUUAAAAACACACAUCUUCAAAAAAAAAACUUAUCUGAUCGUAGUCGUCUUCAUAACUAUGAUGUUAUUAUUAAAUUUUAUUCAGCAAAGAAUUUACCAAAAACAGACUUAGUUGGACACUGUGAUCCAUAUUUUAUAGCAAAUAUUGAUCAUCAAAUUUUAUAUACAUCAACUAUACUUUCAAAUACAUCAAAACCUAUAUGGAAGGAUGAAGAACGGAUUGUUCGAAAUAUUCCAUCUACAGCUAAACUUAUUGUUAAAAUCUAUGAUAAAGACGAUGAAAAACUUGCUGACGAUUAUAUCGGUCGAUUUGUAAUAUCUGAUUUUAUUCAUUAUUAUCCUCCUUCAAAAGGUCAUAAAAUUAUUGGCACAUUUAAUCAAUGUAAUGGUCGUUUUCAUUUAUCUAUUCAAGUGACAAAGACAUCUGAAGAGACGAAACAACUUCCUCCAUACACAUACGAUGGUUCAUGUCGAUAUUCUCGUCAUGAUUCUCUUGCUAUUGGUCGUUUAACUAUGCUCAAUGCUGAUUGUAUUUAUUCAACAUGGAAAAUACAAAUGAGAAGAAUUUUAUAUUUUUUUCCACCUAAUGAAAGACAACAUUGGAAUAAGCACUAUCAAUCAGCAGUAACUAUCUUUGGUAAUUAUCCACUUUCAAUAGUAAUACAAGGUGGAAUUAAAUUAGCGCAUAGAACACUCUAUAGAAAAACAUUAAAAAAUAAUGAUUAUGGUCGAUUGAACAGUGCUGAUGAUCUUUGGAAGCUUUUGUUUUUUGAUAAAACAACAAAAACAAUUAAACCAUGCAUUUAUACAUAUAUUAUUGAUGAUAAUACAUGGAGAUUUAGUGAAACAGCAAAUCAAUUUUUUACAGAUUUUGCUAGUAAACAUGCUUUAUUAGCGAAUUCUUCGAAAUAUAUUUGCUAUGCAGGUGAAUUUCAUUCACGUCCAAAAUAUGGAUGGAAUCGAUUAGAUGAUGAAUGGGAAUUAGUAUUUGAUAAUAGAUCUGGUACUUAUGCUCCAACUGCUGAUUUAUUAGUAAAUUUGAAAGAAUUAUUAUUAUUUAAUUUUCCUGGUUUGAAUAUUGUUACAUAUAAUUAUAAAGAUCCUGAACUAAAACAAAGUUUAGAAGAAUUGAAAUUAGCAAUCGAAAAGUAUAAACAUAGUAUAGAAACAAUUGAAAAACUUGUCUUUCAUUUUAGACCAUCGAUUUAA